AUGGCAGAUCCAAGCAAAGACGGUUUCAACAGCUCAGCCAUGCCGACGAUAGACUCUGUUCGAGCUUCAAACCCAGAGGAAGAUGGUUGUACGACAUCUCCUCCAGCAGCAAGUCCCGAAGACCUCCAUCAAAUCUGGGCCUGGAACGGCUCCGUCCCAAACCAAAUACGCGGCAGCAUCCACGACCAAAUUACCUUCCACGCCGAACACCAGCCGAACGCUCCAGCCGUAUGCGCCUGGGACGGCAAUUUCACCUACUCGGAACUGGACGCCAUAGCCACCAAGGUUGCCCGGAAACUGAUCAUCCAACAACACGGCAUCGCCCCAAAAUCGAGCAUCCCCCUCCUGUUCUCCAAGUCGAAAUGGACUCCCGUGGCUAUGCUGGCUGUGUUGAAGGCCGGGUGCAGUGCCAUAGCUCUGGAUGCUACGCAGCCUGAUGGCAGGCUGAAGUCGAUUGUGGAGCAGGUUGUUGCAAGGCCUGGGCGUGGACUUGUUAUCUCUUCUGAGAGGCAUCGGGAGAGGGCAGUUUCUUUGGUGGCGAGUGUGGAUUUGGAGGUGUUGCAGCUUGAUGAUGUGGUCUUGGAGGAGGAUGGCGCUGAGGAGGGGCACUUGUCUGAGUUGCCGUUGCCUGUGGUGCCGCCGGAUGAUACUGCGUAUAUCUCGUUUACUUCAGGAACAACGGGCCAACCCAAAGGUGCUUGCAUCAGCCACGCCAACGUCCGAAGCGCUUCUCACUACCAGGGCGCCAAGUUGGGCUUUACCCCAAAAACCCGUGUCCUGGACUUUGCCCCCUACUCGUUCGACGUUGCAUGGGGCAACUUUCUUCAUACGCUCUGUGCGGGCGGGACGCUGUGUAUCCCGUCCGAGGAGGCCAUGUUGACGGAUCUCUCGGCGGCGGUGACGGCCUUCAACGCGACCUUGAUCAACGUCACUCCCACGGUCUUGCGCACCAUCCAUCCUAUCCCAGAAUGUCUGGAGACGGUUCCCUUGAGCGGCGAGAUGCCGUAUCGCGAGAACAUCACGAAAUGGGCUGGUAAAGUGAGACUUGUCAAUACGUAUGGUCCGACCGAGUGCACUUUUAAGUGUGCUUUUUCCGAUAUCAGUCCCUUGCUGGAGGGCCGUCCGGAUAUCGGAAGAGGUGUGGGCUUUGCUACGUGGCUUGUUGAUCCGGUGGAUAACAAUCGCCUUGUGCCCAUAGGAUCGGAGGGUGAGUUGUGGCUCGAGGGCCCUCAGGUCGGCCAAGGGUAUUUGAAUGACCGGGAGAAGACAGCCGAAUCAUUCGUUGAGGAUCCUCCUUGGCUGGUCGCUGGUGGCAGGCGAGGGAGACUGUACAAGACGGGUGAUCUUGUCAAGUAUUUGCCUGAUGGACGAUUGAUGUUUGUGGGUCGGAAAGACUCGUUUCAGCUGAAGAUCAGGGGACAAAGGGUUGAGAUUGGUGACGUUGAGCACCAUGUGCGUGCCUGUUUGGAUGACCAAAUUCCCAUCAUUGUCGACGUUAUCGUGCCCAAGGGCAGUGAGACGAAAUCUCUUGCUCUCUUUGUCGCGACGAAGAACCAAGACAGCGAAAGAGUCAAGGCUCUGAUGGACGACUUGGGAGAUAAGUUGCGGGAGGUUCUCCCGGCAUUUAUGAUCCCCAGUGUCUAUCUUCCCAUCGACAAGAUUCCCGUCGCCAGUACGGGUAAAGUGGACCGACGUAGCCUAAGGGAUAUGGGAAGCACAAUGAGCUGGGACGAGAUUGUUCAUCUACAAUCAACCAUCAUGGCAGCGACAAAGUACCAUGAGCCCACAACUGGCACAGAGACACGGCUUCGCAAGAUAUGGGGUGAUGUCUUUGGCUUGGACCCAACUCGCAUCAGCACAGCAGACAGCUUUCUCCAGCUGGGAGGUGACUCGAUCGGUGCCAUGCGAGUGGUUGCGGUGGCACGGGAUCAUGGCAUCUUGUUGACUGUUGCCGAUAUCUUCACCAGCCCAGUUUUGAGCAGCCUUGCCCUGGUCGCUGACUCGAAUGCUCAAGGAGGAACUCUGCCACAUAACGAGGACGAUGAUCUCGACACUCUGCCGUUCUCGUUGCUGUCUGUGGAAAGAGACGUCCAAGUCAUCCGGAAAGUGGCCUCUGAGCUCUGUGGUAUCAGCCCAGAUGAAGUCGAAGAUGUCUUCCCUGUAACCGCUUUACAGGAAGGCAUGUUGGCUGAUGGAGCAGAGUAUGUCUCGAGGACUGUCUUUGAACUGCCACCACUCGGACAGGUUGAUCUGGAACGGCUUGAGGUGGCCUGGGAAAGCAUGGCUAAGCAAGCAUCCAUCAUCCGGACACGCAUCGUCGAUCUUCCCGGAGACGGUCUUGUCCAGGUUGUUGUUGACUCGAACAGGUCACUCUGGAGAUGCCCGUCCCUGUCCGACUUCUUCUCUGGGUCGACUUCCAUGGGCUUGGGAACAGCAUUAUGUCGCGCAGGCUUGAUUGGGAAAAUGGAGAGCGAGACUUGCUAUUUUGCCCUGGAGAUGCAUCACUCCAUCUUUGAUGGGUUUUCCAAUGGGUUGAUCAUGGAAGCGGUUGAGAAGGCGUAUCGUGAAGGAGGGAAGUUGAAGGAGGAGAGAGGCCCGUUGUUUGUUCCCCAUCAGCGGUUUAUCAAGCAUGCCGUUUCUAGGGCAGCUGGCAACAGCCGGUCAGACACUGUUGCAUUCUGGCGCGACCAGCUGGCAGACUCCGAGGCUGCUGUAUUUCCAGCAGUCACUAACAGCUCUGACCCCGCUGGGAAGAGAGCUUUAGUGGACCUGCAUCACCCGAUAGCGGAUUUACAGUGGCCGACCAACGCCGGGAUUACGCCCUCUUCAGCAGUCCGUUCAGCGCUCACGUUACUGUUAGCCGCGCACACCAACUCCAACGACGUCAAAUACGGCGAAACAGUCAGCGGAAGAAAUGCUCCCGUCAUUGGCAUCGACCGCAUCGCCGGCCCAACCAUUGCCACAAUCCCCGUCCGCGUCAAGUUCAACUGGGACCACACUGUCCAGCAAUUGCAGCAACAGAUCCAGCAGCAGGCCGUCGACGUCACCGCCCAUGAACAAUAUGGCCUCCAGAACAUCCGGCGCAUCAGUCAAGACGUCGCCGAGGCCAGUCAAUUCCAGCUGCUGCUCAUCAUCCAGCCACAGCGGAAGAAGACCAAUCAUGAUGACCUGUUCUCAAAGGCAAAGAGCGUGGUCAGCAGUGGUGGUAGUGGUGACUUGACACUGGUGGCCAAGGAUGGAGACGCCGACAGUCUGGCCAUGUACAACUCGUACGCCAUCAUGGCCAUCGUCCAGUUGGAGGACAGCGGUCUGACACUCAAGAUCAACUUUGACUCGGCCAUCAUCGAGGAGGCUGCUGUCCAACGUACGGCUUUUCAGCUUGAGUAUCUUCUCCGUCAACUGUGUACCGUCAACCUGGCUCACUCCAAGCUACGCGAUAUCACCCCCCUCAGUCCCCAGGACAUCACCCAGAUCUGGAACUGGAACAGAGCCCUCCCUGAUCCAGUCCAAGGCCUUGUCACAGAGACCAUCGAUAACAGGGCAUCCAUUGACCCAGAUGCUACAGCUAUUGCCGCCUGGGACCAGGAGUUGACAUACCGUCAAGUCAAAGACCUGUCAAACUGCAUUGCCAAUAGUCUACGUCAAGACCAUGGAGUGGGCAAAGGAUCCAUCAUCGUGUUGAGCUUUCAAAAGUCUGGCUGGCAGCUAGUCACCAUGCUAGCUGCUCUAAAGCUCGGUGCCGUUUGCCCCUUCGGACCUGGCUUCUUUGAAGGACUCGUGCCGGUCUACUCUAUUUCCAGCCUGAUUGAAGACGAUGUUGAAUCCGCUGACUGGGUUCAUGUUCUCGAUCCCAUUGAGAUCCUACCUUCGGACCCAGCCCUGAUCCUCUUCACAUCCGGUUCGACAGGGACUCCAAAAUCCAUCCUUUGGACCCACGAGACAUUAUCGAGCAACAUCCGAGCACACAGCCUCUCGUUUGAUGUUAACUCAACAAGCAGGAUAUUCCAGUUCGCCGGAUACGAAUUCGACGUGAGCACAGUCGAAGCUCUGUCCGCCUUGGCUUCAGGCGCUUGUUGCAUAGUUCCGUCUGAGUCGGACAGGACCAAUCAUCUUGCCGGAACCAUCGACGAGACUCGCGCCAACUGGAUCUGUCUUACACCCUCGGUUUCCGAAACAAUCACACCUGAAGGAGUUCCUGGAUUGAAGACCAUCGUCUUUGCAGGUGAAAAGUUGCCACAAAAGACCGCCAUUAAGUGGGUUGGAUCCAUCGAUUCAGUGUACAACUGGUACGGUCCAGCUGAGGCUUCCGUCGCUACUUUUUGUCGUGUAGACCAAAAGACGUGGAAGCCAGCUUUGAUUGGCAAAAGUACGUCCGGCUUGACCUGGCUGGUUGACCCCAAGGACCCAAAUCAGCUGGCCCCUAUCGGUGCAGUUGCCGAGUUGUGUAUGGAAGGCCCGAUCCUAGGUGCCUAUACUGGCGACGGCGGUUCUGCUCUGAACGAAAAGUCAUUUUUCUCUCCAUCAUGGCUUCAGCACGGUCAUGGUGAGAUUCCCGGCCGGACUGGACGCCUCUACAGAACGGGUGAUCUGGUGAAGUACGGUGGCAAUGGAGACAUUGUUUUCAUCGGUCGGUUGCAGGAAUCCCAAAGGAAACUGCGUGGACAGAGAGUCGAGCUGAGUGAGAUCGAAUCGAGAGUGCAGUCUUUCGUGUCCGGAAAACUUGAAGUCUCGGUGGUUGCCGAGAUUAUAACCCCGGCCAACAGCAAUUUCGAGACUUUGGCUCUCUUUGUUAGCCCCUCCAGAUCAGAAGAGGAUGCCAUGGCUCUGGUCAAGUCCAAGCUUUUAGUGGACGACCUGGAGACAGAUCUGUCAAGGGUUUUACCCUCUUACAUGAUCCCCAAGGUCUAUAUCCCUAUUCAGACUCUACCAAUCUCUCACACUGGAAAGAUGGAUAGACGACGACUUCGACAGAUUGGGCGCUCCUUGACGUAUGAAGAGCUUGCGUCGAUGCAACCCUCUCGUCAAGAGGCAAGGAAGCCUUCCACAACUAUGGAAAAGCAACUUCGAGAUCUUUGGGCUGAAGUUAUUGGCAUUGAAGCAAGUGUCAUUAAUGCCACAGACAACUUUUUGCGUCUAGGCGGCGAUUCCAUUGCUGCUAUGCGCUUAGUCGCGGCUAUUCACAAACGCAGGCUCCUUCUGACAGUUACGGAUGUCUUUGAAGCCCCAUGCCUCCAAGACAUGGCAAUACGGGUCAAGCAAGACCGCGAUUCUCCGGAACAUGAGCUCGAAGUUCCUCCAUUUUCCCUGCUUGACUCUGGCGUCAGUGAGACCGAGGCUCGGUCUUGCGCUGCCAGGCUGUGUGGGAUUGACGAGGCUCGAAUUGUCGAUAUCUACCCCGUUACUCCUCUUCAAGAAGGACUGCUUGCGUUAGGCGCCAGAAAGCCUGGCCUUUACGUAUCUCGCAGUGUCUUUGAACUCCAGCCUGACAUUAACAUAGAACACCUGGAGCAAGCUUGGCUGUCCACCGUUGACAAGUUGGUUACUCUCAGAAUUCGGAUCGUGGAUCUACCUGGUCAAGGCUUCGUGCAGGUCGUUCUCGAUAACUGCCCCCUAUCGUCUUAUGGCACAGAUGUGGACGCGUAUGUUCAUGAAGAUGAGCUCAAUCACAUGGGACCCGGCACCGAACUUUGCCGAGCCGCCAUCAUUGACCGACACUUCAUCCUCUCGGUUCACCAUUCCAUAUACGACGGCCAAGUUCUCAAGAUGAUCAUGAACGAGCUGGGGUCUCAAUAUCUUGGAGCACCCGGGAUGACAGCUACACCAUUCAAGAACUUCAUCAAGCAUUUAAGCGACAAGGUCCCCCAAGACGCCGUCGACUUUUGGAAAGCUCAGCUCUCAAAAGGCGAGCCCAGACAGUUCCCGGUUCUACCGUCAGCCACUUACCAAACACAGGCCAAGGAUGACUUGCAACAUUCCAUAUCCCUCGACUGGCCGCGAACCGGCAUGACGCCUUCAACCAUGAUCCGCGCUGCUUGGGCUAUCCUAGCGACUCAGUACACGUCUUCAGACGAUGUCAUCUUUGCCCUGACAGUCAGUGGCAGGCAAGCCAACAUGAGAGGUGUCGAGAACUGCGCUGGUCCCACGAUUUCCGCAGUACCCAUCGCAGUGUCCGUUGACUGGACCGAGACAGUCAAAGCCUUCCUCCAGCGCAUGCAACAGCAGAUGAUAGACAUCACACCGCACGAGCAGUACGGCCUUCAGAACAUCCAACGACUUCACAAGGAACUGGCUGAGUCCCGGCUUUUGCAGACGCUGCUCGUCGUGCAACCAGUGGCUGAAGGAAAGAGUUUCAACGAGGACAAUCUCCUGUUCAAAGCUCGUAGCUUUUCAUCCAACAUGGACACGCUGGGCCAUGAUCCCUUCAACAGUUGGGCUUUGAUGGUGGUUUGUGAGCUUUCAACAUCUGGAUUGCAGCUUCGGAUGAGCUUUGAUGGCAACGUUAUCGACAAGUUGCAGAUUGGACGCAUGGCGAAACAGUUUGAGACGGUCCUGAGGCAGAUGUGCUGCUCAGGGAGCAAUAACACGGUUCAACUGGGCAAUGUCCAGAUUGCUAGUCCGGAUGACUUGGAUCUCUUUUGGGCACAGAAUGCCGAAGUCCCAGAGGAUCCUGAUGCCUGUGUCCACGAUCUAGUUUCCCUGGCGGCACGAACAAAUCCCAAUGCUAUCGCUAUCGAUGCUUGGGAUGGGCAUUUCAGAUAUCAAGAAGUUGACAAGCUCUCCACUAAGCUCGCUCAGAGCUUGAUACAUCUGGGCGUCAAGAAAGGCAACGUUGUCGCCCUGAACUUUGAAAAGACCAGAUGGGCACCAAUAGCUCAACUCGCCAUCUUCAAAGCCGGCGGCAUCGAAGUCCAACUCUCCACCGUCGUGCCCGACCUGCGCAUCAGCAAAGUCUUCCAAAUGGCCGACGUCGUCCUCGCCGUUGUCUCAGAAUCCCGCCUAGAAAUGGUCUCCUGCUACGCCCCCAGCUACACCAUCCCCCAGCUCCUGUCUACCUCUCCUUCCCAACCCAACACCUCCCUCCCAACCUUACCCAUGAUAACCCUCCAAGACCCCGCAGCCAUCCUCGUAUCCUCCGGCUCCACCGGCGAGCCCAAACAAGUCCUCUGGUCCCAUCGCACUCUAACCGCCAACCUCCUCGCCCACGGCUCCUAUCUUCGUAUCACCCCCUCUCACUCGCGCAUCUUCCAGUUCGCCUCGUACGACUUCGACGUCAGCACCAUCGAGUCGCUUUCCGCGCUCAUACACCGCGCAACCAUCUGUAUUCCCUCAGAAUCUGAGCGGCUAGAUGGUAUCGCAGAAGCUAUUAACAAGUUCCGGUGCACGUAUAUGAAUAUCACGCCUUCGACUGCUAAAGCUAUCGUGCCUGGGUCGGUGCCAACUGUUGAAACGCUGGUUUUGUCGGGGGAGAAUUUGGUGAGGGAUGAUGUUGAUCGGUGGAAGAACUGCAAGGGGGUUUCAGGGGAGGAGGUGGAGGUGCUGAAUUGGUACGGGCCAGCUGAGCACCCGGCUACAAUAUGCAAGGCGGACGUGGACUCGUGGCGCACGGGGGUGGUGAGUCGGGUUGACCUGAAGCAGCCGGCGCUUUGUUGGCUUGUUGAUCCUUCUCCUGGGUUAAAGCGGCUGGUGCCGUAUGGUGCCGUGGGCGAGAUUGUGAUUGAGGGGCCGUUGUGUGCGGAGGGGUAUGUGAGGAAUAGGGAAAUGACAGAGGAGAGGUUUAAGAGUUGGGCGGGGUUUCUUGGUGGGAGAAGGAGAACGGGUACGACGGCUACGAGGCUGUACUACUCAGGCGAUCUGGGACGGUAUGAUAGUGCCGGGAAUCUGGUGUAUAUGGGACGGAAGGAUGCUCAGUUGAAAAUUAGGGGCCAGCUGGUGGCGCCGGAGGAGGUGCAGUUCCAUGUGCGCAGGAACCUUCUUGACUUGUUGGUACCUGUGUCUGAGAAAAGCGGGGGAGAGGAGGUGACGGUGGUGGUGGAUGGCAUUCAGUUGCAAUCUAGUACUGGGCUGAAUCUGGUGGCAUUUGUUGGGCCGGCUACGGAGGAAGAAGUCGAAAGGGCGACGACCGUGAACGGCGGGUUGAGAGAGAAGUUGAAGAGGGUGUUGCCGAGUUAUGCGAUUCCGGUUUAUUACAUUGCUGUGGAGGAGUUUCCUAUGAAUGCUUCUGGCAAAAUCGACCGCAAACGUCUCCGUGAGGUGGGCGCCUCGUUCGAUCCAUCCCGCCAGACAUCCGGCGGUGCUGGACGGAGAGAGCCCGCAAGUCUCGAAGAGAAGACUCUCCAGGAAUUAUGGUCUCGUGCCCUUGGAGUCGAACCUCAAACCAUAUCCCUAGGCGACAGCUUCUUACAAAUAGGUGACUCCAUCCAAGCUAUGCGUCUGGUAGGAAUAGCCCGCCAGGAAGGCUGGUUGCUUUCCGUCGCAGAAGUUUUCGAGUAUCCGACACUGGAAGAGAUGGCCAAUGUUAUCGUUCGAAGGAAAGAAGACGAGAGUGAAGAAGACGGCGCAGUCCUUCCGUUCUCACUGCUGGACCCGACCAAGGAUGUCAAGAUUGCUUGCCAGCGGGCUGCGCCUCUUUGUGGAGUCAAAGAAGAUCAGGUUGAUGAUAUCUUUCCUUGCACGGCCCUGCAGAAAGGGUUGUUGGCCCUGACUGUGAAGCAAGAGGGGAGCUACACGGGUCGCAAUGUGCUGAAGCUGGCAUCUUCGGUUGACGUUGUCAAGUUCAGGAAGGUGUGGAACAACGUUGUCGUCGCAAUUCCUAUCCUGCGGACACGGAUCGUUGACCUCGAUGGGCAAGGUCUCGUUCAGGUGGUCGUUCGCGAUCACUCUCAGUCGUGGAUUGAUGCCAGAGAUACUGAAGAGUAUCUGACGAAGGAGGGCGCGCUUCCUAUGGGACUGGGUAGGCCUCUCAUGCGAUGCGCCAUCAUUGAGCCUCAGAUCGACGGUCAGGAGCCCGCCUACUUUGUCCUGACGCUGCACCACUCCCUGUACGAUGGACUGACAUUGCCUAUCAUCAUGGAAACGCUUGAGGCCAUCUACAACGACAUUGCAUCACCACGACUUGCUCCAUUCCAAUCAUUCGUCAAAUACAUCAGCGCGCGAGACCGGAAAGCAGAGAACGACUUCUGGAGAUCACAGUUCGCCGACCUCAAAGCUGCGCCAUUCCCUCCUCUUCCAUCGUCUACUUAUCAACCGCAGUCGGACUCAACACUGGUGCACACAGUUGAAGACAUCACCUGGCGAUCCGACAACAUUACCCGGUCGACGGUAAUCCGCGCCGCAUCCGCGUUGCUUUGCUCUCUCCACACCAGCCCAACCUCUUCCGACAUCGUCUUCGGCACAGUUUCUUCCGGCCGCAAAGCCCCCGUGCCUGGCAUCGAGACGCUUCCUGGUCCUACAAUUGCCACUGUUCCUAUCCGUGUUAAGACCAACAACGACAGAAAUAUACUGGAGCUCCUCACAUCUAUCCAGGCUCAGGAAACGCAAAUGAUCCGGUACGAACAGACUGGCUUGUCCGCUGUCCGCCAGAUUAGCGGAGAAGCGCAACGGGCUUGUCAGUUCCAGACACUGGUUGUCGUGCAGGCACCGCAAGAGGAGAGCAUUACGAAGUCGGGGUUAUUCGUCAUUCCUGAAGAUGCCCGUGAGUGCACGGAAGCGGAGGAGGAAGCUCAUUACCGUGGUUUCCAAUCUUAUGCCCUUUCACUGAUUUGCACACCGGAAGAUGGUCGGCUCAAGGUGAGGUUCUGUUUUGACUUGAACGUCAUUAACCAAACAAAGGUUCAGAAAAUGGCGGGAGACUUUGAGAAGCUUCUCAAGACGCUAUGCGCUCCAGGCAACAACGAGACCAGCCUAGGCGCCAUCAGCUUGACCGCUGAAGAGGACCUCAACCGUAUCUGGCAAUGGAACGCCUCAUCCUGCUCAACCGUCGAGCGGCCUAUUCACGAGCUCAUACUCGAAACAGCCUCGCGCCAGCCUGACGACGCCAUAGCAAUCAGUGCAUGGGAUGGCGAGAUCACCUAUGGUGAGCUGGCGCGGGUUACCAGUAACAUUGCUCUGCAUCUCGUCAGCAUGGGCGUUUGUUGCAAUAUGAUCAUUCCCCUCUACUUCGAAAAGUCGCUAUACGCUACUAUCACCUUCCUCUCGGUCCUCAGAGCUGGCGGCGCCGGGUUGUUGCUCGAUACCACCUUACCUGUAUCUUACCUGCAGUCAGUGGUACAGCAAGUUUCGGCUCCCUUCGUCAUCUGCUCACCGGCAGAGCAGGACCUCGCUGGUAGGUUAUCUGAUAAUAUCGUGGUCGUCGGUCCUGACUCGCCUCUUCUAUUACUCCCUUCCAACCCCUCACUUCCUUCCUCCCCCUCCCUCCCCAAAAUCCCAUCCUCCUCCCUAGCCUACACAGUCUUCACCUCCGGCACCACCGGCCUCCCCAAGGGUGUCUUAAUCACCCACCGCAACAUUAGCACAGCCGUAACCCACCAACGCUCCUCCAUCCACAUGACCCCCCACGAGCGCGUGUACGAUUUCUCAGCACACACCUUCGACGCGCACCACUGGGCCGUCUUCCACACCUUAGCUUGCGGGGCAACGCUAUGCAUCCCUAGCGAAAGGGAAAGAAGGCAGAAUCUGACGGUGAGUUUGAGAAGGUUUGGAGCGACUAUGGCGUUUCUUACGCCAAGUGUGGCGAGGGCCGUGGAUGUUGAGGGGGUGGGAGUGCCAAGUUUGAGGAAAGUGCAUCUUGGUGGGGAGAGGGUAAGUGAAAAAGAUUGGGGGCGGUGGUUAGCGAGUAAGGGGAGUGAGAGGAGUCAGAGUAGAAAGGUGUUUAAUGCUUAUGGACCGGCGGAGACGACGCAGGGGGUUAUGUAUGGCUUGAUCUCCCCCGAGUCUGCCCCCGCAGAUGGGGGUGACGAGUUAUCAGUGGGCAAAGGAGUAGCAGCCUGCACAUGGAUCGUUGACCCCGAGUCUAGCGAACGGCUGGUUGAAGUUGGCGAAGUGGGCGAACUUUAUCUCGAGGGCCCGCUGGUUGGGAACGGGUACUUGAACGAUCCUGAAAAAACUGCACAGAGCUUUGUGGAGGAGAGUCCGGGGUGGUUGAAGAGGGGAAGUCCGGAUGGGACGGUGAAGGGACGGAACAAGUCACGGUUGUACAAGACGGGCGACUUGGUUAGGUAUAAUCCCGUCGACGGCGCGCUGGUUUUUGUCGGCAGGAAGGAUACGCAGGUGAAGUUGAGGGGACAGAGGAUCGAGUUGGAGAAGGUUGAGCAGGCUGUUCAGCAAGUUUUGGCUGGUAAGCUGGGGGGAAGGGAGGCGCCGCCGCCGUUGGUGGUUGCGGAGGUUGUGGUGCCGGCGGGUACUGAUAGUCAGGUUUUGGUGGCUUUCGUCGAGACGGUGUCGAUGAGCGAGGUCCAGUUUGCAAACUGGGUGGACGGUUUACGAGAUGCUUUGAGCGAGCAACUACCGCCAUAUAUGGUCCCAGCGCCGUUCAUCCCUGUUGAAAAGAUGCCGUUGACGACGAGUGGAAAGACGGACCGGAAGCGGUUGCGUGAGAUGGGCGCUGAUUUGGCUCUCGAGCAGGCUAGCAGCGAAGGAAACGAGGCAGAUGGUGAGCUACCCGGAACUGCAGAGGAGAUUGCUCUUCAGCAACUUUGGAGCAUCAUUCUGGGUGUCGAAGAGGAGAAGAUCCGUACGGGAAGCAGUUUCUUGCGUCUUGGCGGUGAUUCCAUCUCGGCGAUGCGGUUGACUGCGUUGGCUCGAAAUCGCUUCGGGUACAACUUGGCGGUCCAAAGUAUUCUCCAGUGUCCGAAGUUGUCGGAUAUGGCGAAGAAGAUGGAGAGGCAACACCAGGAGGAUGUGGAGACAUCCAAGCCUCGGACUAUUGAGCCUUUUGUGCUCUUGAAGAACCCUGUUGACAAGGACUCGACACUUGACUACAUUGCAAGUCAAUGUGGUAUCGAGAGAGAUCAGAUUGAGGAUGUCUUCCCUACUACGAGUGUUCAGAAGUCCUUACUUUCUAUGACGGCGAAGGCAGAUGGUAGCUACGUCGCGAGGUACAUGCUCUAUCUUAGACCAGAUAUCGACCUCGACCGCUUCAAGGCCGCCUGGGAACACGUCAGCCGGAAAGUCGCGCCUAUUCUGCGUCAACGAAUUCUUGACGUUCCCACAGAAGGUCUUGUCCAAGUCCAAGUCAACGAGUCCCUAUACUGGGAACAAGCCAGCGAUCUAAACAUCUAUCUCCAACACGACCUUGCCAAGCCAAUGGGCCUAGCGACCGAACUUACCCGACUAGCCAUAGUCCGAAAUUCCAACGGCGAGCUCAGCUGCUGCAUAACCCAACACCACGCCAUCUACGACGGCUACUCCCUACACCUCCUCCUCUGCGAAAUCGCCAAAUCCUACGCCGGCAUCAUCGAUUCCAGCCCCAUCGCCCCCUUCCAGUCCUUCAUCCACCACAUCUCCACUAUCUCCCAGGAAGCGUCUCAUUCCUUCUGGCGCAACCAAUUUGCCGGUUCGGAAGCUAUUCCCUUCCCUGAACUGCCGGAACAGGACUACCGCCCCAAAGCGGACAGCACCGUCAAGCGCCAUCUGACAAACCUUCGACUAACCAAGCGAGGAGAUGCGACAGCCAACAGCUUGAUUCGCGCGGCCUGGGCGAUCUUGACGGCAAGGUACACGGGCACGGAAGACGUGAUGUUUGGUGCGAUGGUUACGGGACGGCAGGCGCCGCUGGAGGGGAUGGAGAGGAUGGUUGCGCCUUUGAUUAGCGCGGUGCCGGUGAGGGUCAAGUUUGAUGGACAGAGGCAGAUGGUGAGGGAACUGUUGGAGGGGAUUAGGGACCAGGCGUUGGCGAUGGUGGAGUUUGAGGGGACGGAGUUGUUGGAGAUUAGGAGGGUUAGUGAGGAGGCGGAGAGGGGGACGAGGUUUAAUUGUUUGCUUGUGGUACAACCUGCGUUGCAAGAUGAUGAUGGGUUGAAGCAGGAUGGCCCCUUUACCUCAGGACCGGAGUACAUCUCCAGCCGCGAUGGGUUGGAUGAUUUCAAUCCCAAUGCUGUCAUGGUCAUGUGCCAGCUGGUCAACUCAGAUGGGAUAAAGCUGGAGAUUAGCUUCGACUCGAAGGUUGUUGAUCAGGCGCAAAUGGAACGGAUUGCUUCUCAGUUUGAGCAUGUCCUCCGCCAACUGUCCACUUCACCCGCUGAUCAGAAGAUCGAAGAUAUCGAAACCGUCAGCAAGGAGGACGUGCAGGAAAUGUGGAAAUGGAACGCCACUGUGCCGGAAGCCAUUGAGGAAUGCGUCCACAGCCUCAUCGAAAAGACCAUGAAGCGUAUUCCUGACGCCCCUGCCAUCUGCGCGUGGGAUGGCGAGCUUUCUUAUGCUGAGCUGGGCAGACUAUCUGGUCGCUUAGCAGCCCACUUGGUUGCUCUCGGAGCCGGACCAGCAACUAUCAUCCCACUCUGUGUCGAGAAGUCAAUGUGGUAUCCCGUUGCGGCUUUGGCAAUCCUGAGGGCUGGCGCAGCAGCCGUGGCUAUGGACUCGACGCAGCCUGAAGGCCGGCUGAGGUCGAUAGUGACACAGAUUGGCCCCAAGAUAUUGCUAGCAUCUGCUACCACGCAAGAGUUAACAAGCCGGCUGUCGGAUGCUGAGGUGGUUGUUGUCGAUGAAGUGCACAGCCUCGAAUGGCCUGCUUGUUCAAUUCAGGUCACGGUCACCCCGUCCGAUACCCUCUACAUCGUCUUCACCAGCGGCUCAACAGGCACUCCAAAGGGCAUCAUAACCACCCACCAGAACUUCUCCUCAGCAGCCACUCACCAAGCCUCCAUCCUCAACAUCCGCGAGGGAACCCGCGUCUUCGACUUCGUCUCCUACAGCUUCGACGUCUCCUGGUCGAACCAUCUCCAGAGCUUAAUCUGCGGCGCCUGCCUCUGCAUCCCAUCCGAGACAGAACGCAAGAACGACAUUGGCGGCUCCUUUAACCGCAUGAACUGCGACUACACCUACUUUACUCCCUCCGUGGCCCGCUCGCUGGUCCCAUCUACAUUGCCAGGACUUCGCACGCUAGCAAUGGGCGGCGAAGCCAUCAUGAGGAAGGACGUCGCGCGCUGGACGCAGGCGGAGACCGUCAUUGGAAUCUACGGCCCAGCUGAAUGCGCUCAGGCACUGUCCUUCACGCGCUUCACGCCCGAGACGCGUAAUAACCACGUCGGUAUCCCGUACGGCGCCAUCACCUGGCUUGUUGAACCUGGUCGUCCGGAUAGGUUAGCUGCCGUUGGCACCAUUGGCGAGCUUCUGAUCGAAGGCCCGACGGUUAGCAAGGGGUACUUUGACGAUGAAAGCAAGACCGCGGCGGCGUAUAUCCGGAGCCCGCCGUGGCUUAAGAAGGGAGCGCAUAGACAUCGAGGACGACAAGACACGCUUUACAAAACAGGCGAUCUCUUGCGCCACAACUCUGAUGGCUCACUGGAUUUCAUCGGUCGCAAAGAUGGGCUGAUCAAGCUCCGCGGGCAGCGCAUCGAGCUGAGCGAGGUGGAGUACCACGUUCACAACUCACUGCGGGAUCUGAGUCUAGUAGACGCUAUUGCGGCGGAGAUCAUCACGCCCGCUAAUAACACUAGUAGUCCGAUUCUUGCCGUACUCGCCCGUGCCAUUGAAGGUCUCGAAGAGAAACUCUGGGAUCAAGUGCCGCAGUACAUGGUUCCCGGGGCCUACAUCUACGUCGACAAGGUACCGAUGACAACGACCAACAAGACUGAUCGACGGGCUCUGAGGCAGAUAGGAAGCAGGUACACGCUGGAGGAGCUGGCUGCUAUGCAACCGCAGGGUACGGAGUCUAGACGGGCCCCGUCAACGGAAAUGGAGAAGCGGUUGCAGGCUCUUUGGUCCUCGGUUCUGGAGAUUGAACCGGAGAGUAUCUCUGCCGAUAGCACUUUCUUCCGGAUUGGUGGCGAGUCCAUCGCUGCCAUGAGGAUGGUUUCCAUGGCGCGACAGGAGGGACUGGCUCUGACGGUUGCUGAGAUCUUCAGGGCACCGAAGCUGUGUGAUCUUGCGUUGGUUGUGGCGGAGAUCAAUGGACAUGAGGAGGAUAUACUUGCCCAUGCCCCAUUCUCACUAGUGAAGAUGGAUGAUCUGGCAGACUUCCUUGAAAGCAAAGUUGUUCCGUUCUUGAACGAUGGGCUCACGGCCGAGCACAUCCAGGACGUAAUUCCCGCCACAGACUUCCAAGCUCUCUCAAUCUCGGAAAACCUGCAAGAUCCUCCUGGCAGAUAUCCCCACUGGAUCUUCGAUCUCCCCGCCUCCGUGGACUUUGCAAAGCUCGAACAGGCGUGCAAAGACCUCGUGAACCACUUCGACAUCCUCCGCAGCGUCUUCGUUCCAGCAGCAGCUGCAGCAGCGGAUGACGACGGCGACGACGGGAAGUUCUUGCAAGUUAUCCUGCGCAAACUCACUCCAGCCUACGACACCAUCGACGCCAGUGACACGAACGAUCUCUCGCAGUUUGUGAACGCAAUCUGUGCCGAAGAUCUCACCCGCCCUCGCAAGCUUGGACAGUCUUUCAUCCGCUUUAUCGCCUUCAAGCACUCCGCUGUUUCCAAUCCGAGUUCGCACAAGCUCAUCUUCCGCAUCUCCCACGCUUACUUCGACGGAUUCAGCUGGUCUCAAGUCCUCCAGACCCUUUCCUCUUUCUACCUCAACCAGCACAAGCGGCAGCAAGCAAUCUCAACCCCAUCCAGUUUAACCACGCCCUCCUUCGCGGAUUACAUCGCCCACCGCGAAUCGCACAAGCAAGAAAGUCUAACUUACUGGACCAACCGCCUCCAAGGCUGGGGCUAUCCUGCCAAUUUGUGCCGCAAACCCACCACCACCACUUGGUCCUCGUCCGUCUCCGACCGUCUCUCCCUCAGCCACACCAUUCCCUUCCCUUCUUUUGGACAAGAAGAUGGCAUCUCCCCCGCCACGCACUUCCACGCCUCCUUCGCCUUCGCCCUCUCCCGUUUCUUCGGCACCCACAAACUGCUCUUCGGCCGUCUUGUCACAGGUCGUUCCCUGCUUCCUGCGUCUCUGCAAAAUGUAGUGGGGCCAACGAUGACGGAACUACCCGUUACUGUCUGGGUUUCUCACGAUUUUAUGGGUAUGGCAAAGCAAUUGCAGGAACAAUUCAUUGAAGACUCGAAGUAUGAAAGCGUGGGGAUGCGGGAAAUUAUUGAGGGGGGGACGGAUUGGGAUUAUCUUGGGGAGGCGGAAGGAACACCGAGGAAAGAUUGGGGGGUGGAGGACGGCUUAUCAGCAGGAGGAUGA